UUGUGCUUUUAUUUGCUUGCGGAUAUUUGUAAUUUGCAUGCAAUGAAAAAUUGUCUGUUAAAUUUUUCUUAAACAAAAAAAAAUAAAAAAAAACAUCAUCUACAAACAGCUCUACAGCAACAACAACAAUAAGUAAUAAUAAUAAUAUAAUUGUCAUCAUUUGAACCGUUUAUUGAUUUCUAAUCAUCGCCACCAUCAUCAUUCCACCACAUUCCUCGCUGUUGUUUACUGGAUCCCAUCCGUUUUAUUUUGCCUGAUCAUACAAACAAUAUGAUAUACAAAAAACAUCCAUUGAAUGCAAGAACUUUUUAAUUUUGGAAGCAGAGAUAUCCAAACACAACAAACCACAAAAAAAAACACUUCAAACCAUUAAGUACUUAACCAUUUAUAAAAAGAGAUACAAUUUUGAAUGCAGCAUUUAAAAAAGUAUAGAUUUGCAUUUCUAGUAUGAGAGAAAAACACCAUUCUCCUAGAAAAAUGCUUCCCAGCCCCAAACAAGGGUCAGUGUACCCGAUUUUAGGCUCAGUGCCCUACAACAUAAACUCAAAUGUACCUUAUGACUUGACAUCGCCCUCAAGGGCCUCCACCACCGCCUUGACAUCCGCACUGACGGCUCUGUAUCAAACCCAAAAGGAACUUAAGCACAAGGAACGAAGGCGUGGCACUGUAGAUCAACCUUUAGAUUUGCGAUUAGCCCACAAGAAGCAGGAUGUUGCGAUUGGUGCAGCUGUUGAAGACGACCAAAAUUGUUCCACCGAAAUGAUGGAAGAUGAAAAUAGUAAUUUAGUUAUGAUUGCAUCAGCCCACAAGCAAUCCUCCUCCUCGUCGUCUUUGGAAAAAUCUUGUCAAAGUACAGAAUGUAAUAACAAUAACAUUAUUAACAAUCAUGCAUUGCGUAUACAAGCGGAUCAUCUAGAAAAGUCAGAGGGACAACUUAUGAAUGAAAUGAAUAAUAAUGAUAGCAGCUUAUUGCAACAAAAUCAUAAUCACACGGUGCGAAAUCAAUUCGAUAAUUUGAAUAGUAAGAAGAUACUAAGAGUACUGAGGGAUCAGGCUAAAUCGUUACCCAACAAUUUGGAACAAUUGCCUUUUCCCGUUACAGCUUUACAUCCCACACUUCUAGAGACGAUAGCCAAAGCAAUGCCACCCCUACCAUAUAGAAAUCUAUUCUUUAUGCCACGGCCGAACCAACCGGGGAAUACGUCUAAUUUUUCCUUUUUCACCACACCUCUUGGCAAAGAGUCGAAAAAAAGUUCCAGUACAGUCUCAGCGACUACAACCACACCUCCUAUAGCUACUACAGAUUCUUCUACGCUUAACGAUAUUAAUUUUGAUACCACACAACAACAAACACGCUGUUCGCUAACCGAAAAUCUUACCAACUCCCUGCUAAUCAAUCAAAAUAGUCCGGCCACGCCCGCUUCAACUCCUAACCAACCAUAUCGUCAUAAACGAACCACUACUGUCAACUCUCGUACAAACACUCAAGUCUCGGGUAACCUCUCGUACAAAUCUAAAGAUCGGUACACCUGCAAAUUCUGUGGCAAAGUAUUUCCUCGCUCUGCAAAUCUAACGCGUCAUUUGAGAACCCACACGGGUGAACAGCCGUACAAAUGUAAAUACUGUGAACGUUCCUUUAGCAUAUCAUCGAAUCUGCAACGACAUGUCCGAAAUAUUCACAACAAGGAGAGACCUUUCAAGUGUGAAAUAUGCGAGAGAUGUUUCGGCCAGCAAACCAACUUGGAUAGACAUUUGAAGAAGCACGAAGCCGAUGCUGCCUCCAUGGGUCUGGGACUAAAUGAGCGAUUGCGAGGAGGUUUGCGCCGUUUCUGUGAGAACCCAGCCGAAGAAUCUUAUUUCGAGGAAAUACGCUCCUUUAUGGGUAAAGUUACACAACUACCACUAAAUGCCACCGCCGCCAGUUCAGCUAAACAUGCUAUCGCUGGACCCGAAAGCUCUACAACACCACAUUCCGAGCCCCAAUCGCCGGGUAGAAGUUCAUCUUAUGCACCUUCCGAUCCUGAUUCGGCAGCAAGUGGCCUGCGGAUUGUAACCCAUGACGAUCAAAGCAAUCACAGUAAUCAGUCCAAUGAACAGCACAACUACCCACAAAGACAAAUGCAGCAGCAUCCUGGUCAAAACGAUAAAUUAUCGCUAUCAACCUCAUCCUCACCAUCCUCCACCGAUGACAAUGAGGCAUCUACUCCUACAGCGGCCAAUAAACUAACAUCAUAUGAAUCAUCUACCAGAGGUUGCCCCACAACAACUUAACACUAAUAUAUACUAUGUAUUGUCUACUAUAUGUAUUUCAAUUUAUGUACAGUUGAUGCACUCUUAAUAUGCAAACGAUUCUCUAGAGUCUAUUUGUUUUUCUCGGUGCAUUUUUAUAGCGUAUUACAAAUUUCUUCCUAUUGUAAAUUAAAAAGAAAACAAGUUUAUACUCAAUUCUAAUUCUAAAAAAAAUAAAGUAGUUUUAAACUCAAGUCUAAACAGAAAUUCAUUAAGAAUAACCAAUGCAAGUUACUAAAGAUAAGAUGGCUUGUGUUCGCUCGUUCUUGAAAUUAUAUACAUAUUUUUGUAAAUAUUAA